AUGGUCGCUGUUAUGCAUACAAAGAAACGCAAAAUUCUCAUACCAGAAAAGGUGUCACCGGACGGCCUGGCUCUAUUGAAAGAUGAGUUCGAUGUGGACGAAAAGAAGGGACUCAGUCCUGAGGAGCUCAAGAGCAUCAUCGGCGAAUAUGAUGCACUAGUCGUUCGAUCCGAGACCAAAGUGACGGCAGAUCUUCUGAAGGCAGCUAAGAAUAUGAAAGUGGUAGCUCGUGCAGGCGUUGGUGUUGACAAUGUUGAUGUUCAAAGCGCUACUCAGCAUGGCAUCAUCGUCGUGAACUCACCCUCUGGGAACAUCAAUGCUGCAGCGGAACACACUAUUGCGCUGCUGAUGGCUGUUGCCCGGAAUGUGGGCGAUGCUUCACAAAGCAUCAAGGCGGGCAAGUGGGAGCGUGGUCGGCUUGUAGGCGUUGAGGCCAAGGGAAAGACUCUUGCUAUUGUGGGUCUGGGCAAAGUCGGUCUUACAGUCGCCCGGAUCGCUAAUGGCCUGGGCAUGAGACUCAUCGCAUACGAUCCCUACGCCAAUCCGAAUUUGGCAGCAGCGGCAUCAGUAACGCUCAAGCCUAGUCUUGCUGAGAUUUUGAAAGAAGCAGAUUUCUUGACGCUCCACACACCUCUGAUAGCUUCAACCAAAGGUAUGAUUGGAAAAGCCGAGCUAGAGACGAUGAAGCCCACUGCACGGAUUCUGAAUGUGGCACGAGGCGGAAUGAUUGAUGAAGAUGCUCUGGUAGAAGCUUUGGACGCUGGUAAGAUUGCAGGAGCUGGAAUCGACGUCUUUACUUCGGAGCCUCCUGAGCCAAACUCAUCUGCGACCCGAUUGAUCGCGCAUCCAAAGGUGGUUGCAACACCCCAUCUCGGUGCUUCAACCACAGAAGCACAAGAAAAUGUCUCAAUUGACGUAUGCGAGCAAGUGGUGUCGAUCCUGUCUGGAGAGCUUCCUCGCACGGCAGUCAAUGCCCCGAUAGUCCUUCCAGAAGAAUACCGCACACUCCAGCCCUUUAUCAAUCUCGUCGAGAAGAUGGGCAGUCUAUACACUCAACACUACUCCAGUGUCAAAAAAGAUUCCUUCCGCACAACCUUCGACCUAAUCUACGAAGGCAAACUCGCCACAAUCAAUACCACCAAGCCCCUCUUCGCCGCACUCGUCAAAGGCCUCCUAACCCCCAUCACCUCAAGCGAUGGUCUCAACAUCAACAUCGUCAACGCCGAGAUCCUCGCCAAGGAACGCGGUAUCCUCAUCAACGAACAGCGUUCCCGCGAAAACGUAGAAGACAAACCCUACGCCUCCUUCAUCACCCUCCGCGCCCGCGCCUCACGCUCCGUAUCUCAGCAAUCUCGCUCCAGCGUAUCAGCGCGCUCUACUACCGCCCGAGACAACAACAAUAACAGCACAGAAGACGACCAAAUCAUCCAAGGCUUCGUCUCGGGCAACAGACCUUUUAUUUCUCGCAUGGACAGAUUCAAAGGCGAGUUCGUACCGCGCGGCACGCUAAUCAUCUGUCGGAACUUUGAUUCCGUGGGCAAGAUUGGGUAUGUGGGGAAUUUGCUGGGGAAGGCGGGGGUCAACAUCAAGUUUAUGAAUGUGGCGCCGUUGGAUGAGGAGGUUGAGGAGCAGCGGGGGAAUGGGGGUGAUGGAGGUGAGGUGAAGGAAGGGGGGAGUAAGGAGGCAUUGAUGAUACUGGGGGUUGAUAAGCCGGUGGGGGAAGAGGUGCUGAAGAGGUUGAUUGGGGAGGAGGGGGUGUUGGAGGCUGGUGUGGUGAAUUUCUGA